AUGCUGGUCUCUUGUAGAAGGUUGCUCACAGCUUUGCUGCAGGCUCAGAAGUGGCCCUUUCAACCCUCCAGAAAUAUGAGACUGGUGCAGUUCCAGGCACCCCACCUGAUGGGACCUCACCUGGGCCUGGAAUCAGGGAAUGGCGGGGGGGUCAUUAACCUCAAUGCCUUUGACCCCACACUGCCCAAGACAAUGAUGGAGUUCCUGGAGCAGGGAGAGGCCACUCUCUCGGUGGCAAGAAGAGCUCUGGCUGCCCAGUUGCCAGUCCUGCCACGGUCAGAGGUGACCUUUCUGGCCCCUGUCACACGGCCAGACAAGGUGGUGUGUGUGGGAAUGAAUUAUGUGGACCACUGCAAAGAGCAGAACGUUCCUGUGCCCAAGGAGCCCAUCAUCUUCAGCAAGUUUGCCAGUUCCAUCGUGGGGCCCUACGACGAGGUCAUCCUCCCACCCUUGAGCCAGAAGGUGGACUGGGAGGUGGAGCUGGCUGUGAUCAUUGGAAGGAAAGGCAAGCACAUCAAGGCCACAGAUGCCAUGGCUCACGUAGCCGGCUUCACUGUGGCUCAUGAUGUAAGUGCUCGUGACUGGCAAAUGGGACGCAAUGGAAAGCAGUGGCUGCUGGGAAAAACCUUUGACACCUUCUGCCCCCUGGGCCCUGCCUUGGUGACCAAGGACAGUAUAGCAGAUCCACACAACUUAAAGAUCUGCUGCCGGGUGAACGGGGAAGUGGUCCAGAGCAGCAACACCAACCAGAUGGUGUUUAAGACAGAAGAGCUGAUAGCCUGGGUCUCCCAGUUCGUGACUCUUUACCCAGGGGAUGUCAUCCUGACUGGGACGCCCCCAGGUGUUGGUGUAUUCAGGAAACCUCCAGUCUUUCUCAAGAAGGGUGAUGAAGUUCAGUGUGAAAUCGAAGAACUAGGCGUCAUCAUCAACAAGGUGGUGUGA